UCUUGCAGAUGAGUAAAAAACAACGGAAAGAUGUCCGAAAACAGGUGAAAACAAACUAUGAAUUGGCACAGAAAAGCAAGAAAAUGUGGGAAGUGUUACGACAGGAAAAAUGUACCAAGGAAAAGCGUCAAGAAAUUCUAAAUGAAUUAAGGGAACUUGUCAGUGGUAAAGUUUUGGAGCUUGUUUAUGCUCAUGAUUCUGUACGAGUUAUCCAAUGCUGUUUGAAGUUUGGAGAUGAAAGCCUACGUAGUGACAUGUUUAAUGAAGUCAAAGAUCACAUCCUCAAUAUGUCAAAGUGUAAGUACGCUAAAUUUUUUGUAAAGCAGAUGUUGCGAUACGGUACAAAAGAACAGCGUAACCAUAUAAUGUCGUCGUUCCAUGGUAGCGUAUGCAAAAUGGUACGGCACAAGGAAGCUUCAGAGGUUAUUGAGAUGGCCUACAACAACCAUGCUAAUUUAAAGCAGAGGUCUGCACUCCUUGAGGAGUUCUAUGGUCCGUCUUUUGCUGUGUUUAAAAAAGAAGGGGUUGAGAGUCUCAAUGACAUAAUUGAGGCUGAGCCGGAGAAGAAACGUCAAAUCACGGAGCACAUGGCAAAAACGCUUACCUCCAUGGUUGACAAGACAGUUAUCAAACACACAAUGAUUCACAAAGUUUUGUAUGAUUUCUUCGUUCAUGCACGUCCACAACUAAGAUCCGAAAUGAUAGAAUCCAUAAGAGAGGUCGUGGUUCAAAUUCUUCAUACUCACGAUGGAGCUCGAGUUGCGAUGCAAUGUGUCUGGCAUGGCACAGCAAAGGAUCGUAAAGUUAUUAUGAAGUCCUUCAAAACAUACGUCAGUAAGAUCUGCCGUGAAGAGUACGGUCAUUGGGUGAUGUUGGCGUUGUUGGACUCGGUGGAUGACACAAAGUUACUCUCCAAGAUUGUCCUUAAUGAAAUGAUGAAGUGUGUAGGUGAGCUUUGCGAUAACCAAUAUGGGCGAAAGGUAUUGCUGUAUUUACUCUGUCAUCGACAACAGCUUCAUUUCCACCCUCAUAUCAUUACCCUGCUCAAGAAGGGAGAUGAAAAUGCAACUAGUAAAAAAGAUUUGAACACCAGGAGACAGGAGGUACUAGAAGCUGUCAGUAAGCCUUUGCUAAAACAUGUUCAGAGUCAUGCUAGAGAACUUGUCCGCAACAAACAAACAUGUCUUCUUGUAACUGCUAUUUUCCAGAAUGCUGUUGGUGACAAGAAGCUAGCUAUGGAAGCUAUCUGUAAUUUGGCAUCAGAAGACUUAGUAGCCAUUGAUAGGGACUCAACAAAUUCACUAGAUAAAAUGCAUAUUGUUGAACACCCUGCUGGACAUAUUGUGUUGAAGAAACUUAUUCAACAAGACAAAGAAACACAGAAUUCAGAUUUUAGUGAAAUGUUGGUUGAGAAAGUGGGUACAGAGAAGAUAGCGACAUGGAGUACCAUUAACAGGGGAGCAUUCAUUCUUGUUUGCCUGUUGGAUUGUGGAAGUGAUUCUGUAAAGACUAACAUUAAGGAAGCAAUGACACCUAUGAUGAAGGUACUACAAAAGGCAGACUUUAAAGGAGCUCAAGUUUUAGAAGACAGAUUGAAAUGAAAAUAACUGCAAUUGUUUUAAAGAUUCCUUAAUUCAAUAUGCAUUUUUUAUCUUUUUCUAUGUCUUGUCUUUCAUGUUCUUAUACCGUAAUACUCUUAAUGCAUUCAUUAUAUUCUUUUCUUUUAGUUUAGAAGUGAAGCAAUUUGGCUUCAUUCAUUUGUUUGAUACUCUCAGCAUUGUGGUCAAGGGUUCGAGCCCUUACUGUGCAAGAAUACAUUUUAUUUGUUUGUCCCUCUCUACCCAAUAGUAUAAAUGGGUACCGGCAUAUGUUGGGAAAGUAAACAGACUGUACGGAGGCAUGGUGAUCCCCCUACAGUGUUGCACAGUCUGGGCCAUAUGCUAAAGAGUGUUCUGGCCUGUACGGAUUUGACUAUCUCUU